ACGCCAAAAAUAAUAAAAAAAAGGCACAAAAAAAAGGGGCAAAAAUUCGGCUCUCUGCGUGGAGGAGGAGAGCUCGGCGGCGGCGGAGGAGGAAGACGAUGCAGGAGGAAGAGGAGGAGGUGGAGAUGGAGGAGGAGGAAGAGGUGGUAAUGGUGGGGCAAAAGCCCACGGUGAUGGUGCCUCGCCACAUCAAUAAGCGUGCUCUCAAGAACAGGGGCCUCUCCGUCGCCUUCAACGACAAAGAGCUCAAGGAUUUUGUUACUGGCUUCCACAAGCGGAAGAAAAAAAGAAGAAAAGAGGCUCAGAGGCAGCUGCAAGAAAAGGAAAGGUUGAAGCGAAUUGAGGCCCGUAAAAAGAGGAAGGAAGAGAAGGAAUUAGCGUUAUAUGGACGAGUAUUUUCUUCAGAAGAUCCAAAUACUUCUGGGUUAGAACCCGACAAUACUGAUAAUGACCAUGAGGAAGACGAGCUCGAAAUAAAAGCAUCAGUUUCAGAAACAAAGACCUAUGAAGAUGGUUGUACCACAAUCACGGUCACGACCAGCGAAAUCUCCUGCGAUGGUGAUGAAAACCUGAGGCCUAAACAUGUCAUCCCUAAGCCGAGCAACAAAAGUGAGAAGAAUCAUAGUUUGGGUGUAAAGAAGAAUCCGCUGAAGAGAUCUUCUUCUAAGCAUAAGCCGCAUAGGAAAGGACGGAGCCAUGUGUUACAAAAUAACAAGAGAAAGAGCAGACGCGGAAAGAAGCGUUGAUUGGUAGUGGUGUUUGGUAGGAUUUUGUGGUUUUGUAAACUAUAGUUUUAGUUUCGGUUGUGAAACUAACAAUUUACUUGCUGGUGGAUUAUUAUAUGUAGUUUAAUAUAAAUUUGGAUGUUGUGUUGAACUAUAUUGUAGCAUUACUUGGUUUGCCCGAUAAGAGAGCAGUUAAUUAUGUAUA